AUGGACGAUACUUCAUCGGUGGAGGAAGAAAGUGCGCAAGUGUUAUUUGACGAGGAUGAUGAAGAAGAAGUGCUGGAGCUUGUGAAAGCCAUAGCAGAUGAUUUGAACACUUAUGAUUGUUUCAUUAAACCUUAUAACUCUCCUAAUGAAAAGAAUGAACACGGAGAGAAAAAUGAGUUGGAUGAUCAAGAAGAACAGGAGCAUACUCCACCAACGGAGAUUGCCAACAAUGACUCGGACCACCUCCAGGUGCGUACUGUUAACUUCAAAGGCUUCAAAUAUGGCUAAUGUAUUGGAAAGAUCGAAAUCUUCUAAGAAAAAGUGAAGUGUAAAUAAUCUAAAACCCCAAGAGCGACAGUGCAUGUAAUGAGGGCCGGAUUUAGGGCUCUUCUGAAGGUGGCACUCUUUUUCUACUGUUCGAGGUGGGUCAAUAUACUGUUCCCCAUUUAUCCUUUUUUCACCUACAAACAAGAGCGUAAAAUUUUAGUUUUUCAAUACUGCGUCCUUAUGUCCACUUACAGUAAUCGGCUCCUGCCACUUACUACCGAAACACGUAGAUCGCGAAUUCAGAAAGACGACUUUGGCGCCAGACGUUAACGAUUCGAGUCACAUGGCUUUGUUUGUCAAACCAAAGAGGUGAACUCACGCGAUCACAUUCCUGAGCGUUUGGUUGGCCAAAGAUUAGAUAGGCCAAGUCGAGUAAUGGUGUUCUAUGUCAACCAAAAGGGAGAAAUUUUCGUUCGUGGAAAGUCGAUCGAUGAAAGUUCUUUCGGUUUCAGCCUUCUAGCGCUAUAUAUAAACUCUGGGGCGAACAACGAAGCCAGCAAUAAGAAACAACGUGAUCGACCACGUGAGUUUACCUAGUUCGGUUUGACAAACAAAGCCACGUGACCUAAGUCGUUAACACCUAGCGACAAAAUCAACUGUCACGCGUGUCCUUGAAUUCGCGGUCUUCCUGUUUCGGUAGUAGCAACAUCUCUGGAAGAAAAUAAGAUUAUUAGUCAGUCGGACAACGACCGUUACAACUGUCUCAGUUCAUCCGAAGUUAUCUCGAGCAACUUCUGAUACAUUAAUGCUGCACUGUCUGUUAACAUUUGAUGUAGCAAAAGACUUGACUUGCAAAUCAAGAACAAAAGAAAUUUUGUUCUGAUCCUGUUUACGAAAAAAAAACCGUCCGUCUCGCUACCCUGUUAAUGUAAAGACAAGAGACCUUUUCCCAUGACCAUGAUUCGUUUCGUUCGUUUUGUAAAACUGAUAUCAUCCAAUAAGAUUUCCGUAAACAAAUUGUUGGUACCAAAUGCACCGCCAAAGUUUACACCAUGUUGAAGACUCUGACUAGUGAAAUUGUAUACCCUGUUUAAGACCCGGAAUCCCAAAAACCAUACCCUAUUCAGCGGUUCAUACCCAUUUAAGCCAAAUUGGGAAGUAUCCCCCCGCCCCCGCUGGGAUUACAACAAAGACAAAAACUUUUUGCUCGAUACAGCUUUCCUGUUCCUGACCAAAUUAUGCAAUUUUAUCAUUUUUGAAGACAGUCAGAUUUUUGCAUUUCGUGACGUAAAUCGCGCAGGAAGAUCUUUCUACUGAUCGAUGCUAAUUGACGUAAAACACAUUUCAUAAAUUAUGAAAAAGAGAAGUCUCGAACAAUCUAACUAAUGAUGAUAACGAUGACUUUCUGUCAUUUUAACAGGGUUCACAGUCUUUUUUCCUUUUUCCCAAUAAUAAGGACAGCAGCUAAAAUAUAAAUCCCAGGCAAAAAGAUGUUUAAGUGAAAUAAACUCUCGCUAAUGAGGACACUAACUCAAGGUCCCUACAGUGUCCGCUAUAAAUGGUGUUGACUAAAUGGCGGCAAUAAAAGGAGAGACGAUGUGGCGGCGUUCUACUACAACGGAUUCAAAAGGUCAUGGUUUGUGAAUUAUGACUGGUAGAUCUCGAUCCGUUUUGUGUGUUUCUGUGUUUCAAGGUUCUUUGUCUCUGAUCGUAAUUUUCUUAUUUUGACGGCAGCGAAAACCGCAAUUGUGAGGGCGGCUUUUGAACUUCAGAGUUCGCGUGUUUUUUUAAAAGCGCAGUAAAACUAUCUUUAGGACUAAACCAGCAAAACUGCGUUAAUAAAUGCGUCAGCAUUUAAUAAAAGUAUGAACUUCUUGAUCCAUUUAAGGGUGAUAAUAGAUGCGCAAAUAGUUCAUUGAGUUUUACGUACUCGAAAUUAAUUUUGUAAUUACAGUCAACUCCUUUAUAGCGGACGCUGUUGGGACCUUGAGUUAGUGUCCUCAUUAGCGAGAGUCCGUAAUAGCGAGAGUUUAUUUCACUCAAACAUCUAUAAUUUAUUUUUGCCUAGGAUUUAGCUGCUGUCCUUAUUAUUGAGGUGUCCGUUAUAACGGGUGUCUGCAAGGCCUGAGUUGAAUAUAAUAAGUUUAUAGAAAAUUUACUGCGAUGAUGGAAAAUUUGGAAAAUUUACUGCGAUGAUCAUUCUUCACUUUCAUCUACAACCGCAGUUCAAAAAUGAAAAAUGAAUUAUUUCAUAUAUACUUUACAUCAGUAAUAUUAAUGCUAUGAAAAAGCAUAAUUAUGUGGUUUUCCUUGACAGGAAACUCUUAACGGAGAUUUCAGAGAAACGCCGGACAAUUACCUGGCAGAAAGAGCCAAGGAAGCUAAUCUGCAGUCCAAAAUAAAUACAUGUGAAUAUAAUAUCACCAGGCUACAGAGGAUGGUAGAGGAGAAGAUAAAAGAAGUAGAGGAGAUCACAGCUGAGAAAGAGGAACUCGAAUCAGACAUUCAAAAUGCGCUCCAAAAACUAUGGGCCAAAGAAACGGAGCUCCACAAUCAACGAGAGUCUUCCGUAGAGAACGAGAAACGCUUGCUUGACAGCUUGAAGCAGGAAAAAGCGCAUUCACAGCAGCUUGAGAUUCAGGUUCAGCUUUUGACAAAUCAAAAUGAAAUGUUACAAGAACAGGUUUUUCAGCUGGAACAUAAACUGUCAGUUCAAGAACAUGCUGCAAAUGCAGAGCAUAAAUUGCCACUCGAGUGUACCAAUGAAUCUUUGAGAACGAUGACUCUUGGAUUGAUGGAUCAAAUAGCUGAUGGAACGCCAGCUCAUGAUCAAAACAAAACAAGGCGUUGCUCCGCUGAUAUGUUAUCUAGUCCAAUUUCAGAAAAUGCAAGUUACUAUUCAAGCAGUUCUGAAAAAUAUAGCGACAGAGCAGAUGGUGAGCAAGACGAUCUUUCUGAAGAAUUCAAGGCCAUGACUUUGAGAGAACAGAACAAUUGCCUUCAAGGAGAGAUGAAAACCGUAACAUUGAGCAUUGAGGACCUUUGGCACAAAAUCACUGAUGCUGACUUUAAAUUCCAUGAUAAAACAACGUUCGUACGAAAAGACUCAAAAAGUCUUCUAAGGGAUAUUUACCGGGCAUACUGUAAAGAAAAAUCAAAGGUAGUGGAUUUAAACGAACAGAAUGCUCGCCAGUUGAGACAUUUGGAAGAAGUCCAAGAAGCUCUUUGCGUAACUGAAGGUAGGAUCCAACGGAUUUGGGUCAAUUUCUCUCUUCAUGAAGAGAAAGACGAGGAAAUCCAUGGGCCUUGGACAAACGGGGAUCCAAAAACAGAGGUAACAGAAGGAUCUCUUGAGGGGAUUGAAAGCCUUCUUUUCAGGUAUAAGGCUACUUUGGAAGAAAAUCAAGAUCUGAAGCGACUAAGCGUUUCAUAUGAAGAUAAACUGAGCGAAUUGAAAGCUCUUGUGGCAAAAUUAAGACAAGAAGCAGGGGAAAUUUCAAAAGAACUUGAAAUAAAAUGUGCAAGAUGGGAGGAACUCAGGCUUUCGAUGAACAAAAUUAUUGAAGACAAGGAUAUUGAAAUUGAGAUACUUAAAGAGCAACUUCAAGAGAAAGAAAAAAGAGAAAAGCAAAUAAACAUUGAAGACUACGACGCUGGAAUGGGCACUAAAUGCCCGGACGAGAUCCUGGAAAAACUGUUGCGAAGUAAAGAAAACGAUCUUGAUGCACACAAACGAAAACACGAAAGUGAAGAAUUGGGCUUACAAGAAGAGAUUCGAGACUUGCGUGAAACAUUAGAAAAGGUGAGUCGUGGCAAAAACGAUCUACAGGAAUACUGUAAUCUACUUAAAGAGGCCUUACAGACAUCAGAAUUGGAAAGUAACGCUGUUCUGGAAAGAGAGAAGUCUCUUAAGGAGUCGAUAGAGCAAGGGAAAAAGAGGGAAGAGAAACUAUAUCUCGUCGCUAGAGAGCUUUACGAAGAGGUUCAAAUAGAGAAGCACGAAGCGUUCUCUCAUGAAGCAACUAGUGCCGCUUUGUUUGAGAAAGUAAAAUGCCUGGAAAUGGCAAUUCAGGCAAAUGAGCAAGAGAGACAAGUGGACAAAAAGAACCUCAAAAAUUCCAAGGAAACGGAAGAGUAUUUACAGUGCUCAUUGCAACAAGCGUUAGGGGAACUUUUUGAACUGAAAGCUAAACAUGAUACUGUUCCUGAAGAAGGCAAGGACCGACCAGCAGCAGAACAUCGAGAUGAACAGCAAAGGUUAUUACUAGAGCGCCUGGAAGAGGUCGGGACUGUUCUUCGUUCCACGUUGGAAAAGGCCGUCAGGGAUUUGCAAGAAAACGUAUUAAGAGUAGAUGAAUUCUGCGAGGAGAACAAGAGACAUAGGAAAGAAGUUAACCAAAGUAAAAUGACCUCAAAUGCGUUAAAGAAGUCCAACCUACGUCUUGAAGCGUCGCUUCAAGCAAUGAAGGACAAUCUACUGGAUGAGGUUAAGGCUAAAAAGGAGCUUGAAGUUUUGUUAGUGAAAUCAAACGAUAAGUGGGAACCGAAACAAACGGAAUGCAAAUACAACCAAAGCUUUGACGAGCAGUCCACUUCAUCGCAACUGCCCGGCAUAAGAGAAGCAGAUACAAGUGAUACAUUUGCUUCUACGAGUGAGUCCUGUUUACAAAGCCAGAAGAAAAGUGGAAAGCUUAAAGGUUUCGGAAAGCGGAAGCUUAUUCCCAAGGCUAUUAGUAAACACUUGAGUUCCUCUUCUUCAAAUUUUGAAAAGAGCCCCAGGUGCGACAUCCUUGAGAAAACAGAAAUAAUAGAGCGAGAACAGCGAUUGCGAAAUAUUUUGAUGACUGUUCAACGCGAUAAAGAAGAGCUCGAACAGGACGUAGAAUCACUAACUGAUGAGCUUCAAAGAGCAAAGUCGCAACUUCAGAACUAUGAAAAUUUAAACGAAAACAUGCGAGAAGAAGCUAACAGGAACGUUCGAGAAACAUUGGAAAUAAAGAAGAUCUUGGAAGUCAUUUAUGGAAGGACAAAGCGCGCUCAUAGCCUCAUAAACAAAGACAUUCACAGCCUGCUAGAGAUUUCAAAGGCGAAGGACAAGCAGUUGAGGAAGUGCGAGUUAUUUUCUGGACAAUAUGAGAAGGAAAAUACCGAAUUGCAGAGACAAGCAGCAGCACUAAAGGAAAAACUCGAAGAUGAAGUGUCUCUCAAAGACGCAGCGCUUGGAGAAAUAAGGCAGCUAAGACUUUCGUUGCAAAAUGUCCUUGAAUCUAAAGAAAAGUAUGUGGUACAGUCAGAAUCACCCCUACUGAUCACUAACUUGAACUCCGAUCUCAUUUUACCUCACAUGGGAAAGGAAGAGGUUCGUACUAUAUUAAAAGAAAUCCUAGUAGAAAUUGAAAAUUCCAAUUCCGAAGAGAUUAAUCGCCUGAAACAAAGGACCGCUAAAUUAAUGGAGGAGCUUUGUGUUAUUCGACAAGAUAACGAGUAUCUGAGAAAUCUGGUUGACGCCGGUUUGCUUGAGGAACUACGAAAGGCGGAGGAGAGAAUAACCUUCCUUAAUGGUCAGCUUAAAGUUAGCCAAGAAAGGCACAACGUACUUAGAGAGGCUUCCAUCCAAGACAAGGUUAACGCAAACGACGAGGUGGAGAGGUUGUAUGAACGUUACGCUGAGAUGAAGAUAACAAUUAAGAGCAACGAGGGGGCUUUAGAAAGAAGUAAGGAGAUGGAGGAAGCAUUGAUUGACGAAAAUAAUCAGCUUCAUGAAGAGUUAGAGUCCUUCAAAGAGCGUUUUGGUGCGGACGGUUUGUUACCGAUUACGGAGAAGGCUGAAACAAAAAGGGCAAUGGAAGGAUGGAAAAGAAAAUGCCAACGGCUUCAAGAAAGCUUCGAAAAAGAAAAGAGGGCCUUGAAAGAAGAAAAUACCUGGCUGCAUAGGCAGUUGGCCGAGGAAAGUUCUUUAUGCACUGACCUUCAACAUCAUAAAGCUGAACUUGAAAAUUCCCUUGAAAAAUCAAAGGAAAAAAUACGGACAAUGCAUAGAAAACUGGAAGAACGGCAAGACGCUCUAGCUUGUCUUGAGGAAAGGCGUGUUAUACUUGAAACUAAGCUUUCAUGUCUUGAGAAGGUGAACGGGGAACUGCAAAAUGAAUUGAGCAAAGAAAGGUCCGAGGCCGAGAGGAACCUCUUGGAUCUGCGCACCGAGUUCGAGGCCACGGCCAAAGAUCUGAAACGGCACCAGCGGGAAGGGAACAAUCUAGUCACCAAAGUGUUUCUGCUGGAAAAUGCAAAAGAAAAGCUACAACAGGAACUCAACGAAAAAGAGCGUAAGAUGACGAUUAGUUUGGAAUCUCUUGCGGAAGAGCGAAGUAGGCUCAGCGAGAAGGUCAGAGACCUGAGGAUUUCCCUGGAGGAAGAAGUCAGGAGAAGAUUAGAUCUCGAGGAAAAGAUGCAACAGAUUGUCAAAAUUUCAGUGAUGGAAAAGGAACAGAAUCAGCUGAAUGCCAUUGCGGAAUGUCCGAGUUUUGAACAGAUUCGGAAGGUAAGAUCUCAAAAACAUAAUAUAGGACCAUCUGGUACAAUUAUUACUACUAACGUUCGAGGCCGAUAGUAUUAAUUCUUUUGUAUGAUCUCUUAGCAGACAAAACUGAGGGAUGGAUUCAAAACAGACUUAAAUAAUCCACUUCAACAGACAUCAAUAGAUGGAGACCUUAGCACGCUGUCGCAAGAGUUUACUUCCAGAGACAAUACACAUCUUUCCUAA